AAAACACCAGAAUUCAUGUUUUGACGUUUAUCGUGACGUUUACGAUGUCGCGUCAGCAACACGACGACGAGCUUUUCGAAAUAAGAAACUACUACUACAUCGGAAACUACCAACAAUGCAUAAACGAAGCCCAAAAGCUCCGCCAGCCGUCAACUCCCGAGGUGGCCAUUCAGCGAGACAUCUUCACCUACCGCUCCUACAUGGCCCAGAACAAAUUCCUGGUGGUACUCGAUGAAAUCACGUCUUCGUCGGCCGACGAAGUCCAACCCUUGAAACUACUGGCGGAAUAUUUAUCCAAUAAACAAAAACGCGAGUCAGUGGUGGCCCAGGUGGACCAGAGGGUGGCGAGCAAUGUCGAAAACGACACUCUAGCGCUCGUGGCGGCCACGAUUUACGUCAAUCAGAGCAAUCUGGAGGCGGCUUACAGGAUUUUGCACACCUCUGAGAGUUUGGAGGCUUUGGCUUUCAGUAUUGAUAUUUUGUUGAAGAUUGACCGGGUUGAUUUGGCUAGGAAGAAGUUGAAGGAGAUGCAGGAGAAGGAUGAUGAUGCGACGUUGACGCAGCUGGCACAAGCGUGGGUGAAUGUUGCUACAGGUGGUGAGAAGUUGCAAGAUGCCUAUUAUAUUUAUCAAGAGCUUGUGGACAAGUAUGGGGCGACGCCGCUACUUUUAAACGGACAGGCGGUGGCUUUCAUAGGACAGGCUAAGUAUGAAGAAGCCGAAGCUGCUCUUCAGGAAGCCCUAGACAAAGAUGCUAAUUAUCCAGACACUUUGGUUAACUUGAUUGUUUUGCAUAGGCACAUGGGGAAGACUCCAGAGAUUGGCAACCGGUAUUUGUCUCAGUUGAAGGAUGCCAACCCAGAUCAUCCCUAUAUUAAAGAUUUGAAGCAGAAAGAGAGCGAGUUUGCAAGGAUUUGUCAGCAGUAUGCUCCAUCAGUAUCAAAUAUUCCAGCAUAAAUUGUUUAUUUUGUAAAGUUUAGGUAAUAAAAUUGUUUAAAGGCG